AUGUCAUUUGCACCUCAAGAAUUGUUCCAAUCCAUGCCCCUACAUUUCGUGGUAGGGCCAGAACAUACUAGAUUCUCAAUACACUCAGCAAUUUUGGAGCGCUUUCCGGAUGCACUGAGACGGGAACUCCACGACCUGCAGACCGAGCAACAUGGUCGCAUGAUCUCAUUAGAGCACAUGGAUGCUAUGAUUUUCGCUUGUUGUUGCCAGUAUGCAUAUACAGGGCGCUAUACUGCUCCCCAAUUGAAGCCCCAGUCGUCAUCUGAACUGGGCAAUCCCGCUGCGUGUACUCAAGAAAGUCAUCCAUUUGACGGACCUUUCGCAGUCGUGAUCCCUCCGUACCAGCCGCAAAGAUCUUCUAGUCUACAUAUGACGACUCUUUGCGGACAUUCUCGCGUCUACCACUUUGCAAGAAAGUAUCACUGGGAGUCAUUACAAUCGUACGCAGCCAAGGAAUUUCAUGCAACCAUGUGGCGCAACGAUUUCUCCUUAAUUCAUGUUGAGGAGCUGGUCCAACUGCUAAGAACUAUAGUUUCCAGCAGCUCAGAGACUCCAAACUAUGGGUCGGAUCUGAUUGUGGAGCACCUGGUGCAGCGCUUGAUAUCAUAA